CAAGUGCUUUUUUUUACUGCGCAAGUACUUUAAGCUUACACCACAUGAUGAUCAGCUUGAAAAUCAAUAAAAAGCCGAUUAACUCAAGCACACGGAUUCAGACAAAGUUUUGAUAUUGAAUCGUGUGAAGAUAAAAAAGAUGCAGAAAUUGAUAAUAGUCUUCGCAUUGGCGACAUGCUGUCUAGCUGCUCCUUUGGAAAAAUCAAAUGAACCUUCAAAUCUUAAGCCAGGGGAUCUUAUUCGACCAAGUCCUAUUAAUCCGGAUAUUCCCAGUGAUCCAAAGCCAGAGGAAAAGAUAACCCUUAUAACAGACCCCAAAAUUCAGCCUUCAACUCCGUCAAAUCCUACAAAGUUACCAGGCCCAUAUGUUGUCCCUAUCAGUGGACCACUCCUGCGUGCAAAGCGAGAAGACAAAGAUUCUUCAGAGAGCGAUGAGGACAGCAGUGAAGAAAAAAAGAAGGAAAAGAAGUCUUCCCGACCACUUGCUACUCCACUAGCAGCCGCUAAGCUAUCAACCACUCCCGUUCCAAGCACUACACACCCAAGUGUAGGAACCACAUCUGGAGUAGGCACUUCAUCUACAUCAGCACACCCUAGGAUACCGUAUGCCCCGCACAUCCAUCAACACAAUGAGCAUCUAUUUAAGCCAACAACAACCAAGCCUCAUUUAAGUGGUUCAUCAUCUUCGUCUACAUCAACUUCGACAACGUCAACCACAGCGGCUCCUUCUCAAGACCACGCUAAUGAGAAGCGUGAUAUUCCAGUGCCAUUGACACGUAAAUACCAUCACAACGACGAAGAUGCUGAAACCAAACCCAAAGAGGAACCCUCAUCAUCAGCUUCACCAUCGCCAAUUUCAACAUCAACCGCCAAGGUGCCAAAAGAGAAAAUCAAUCAGGAAGAUGAGGGUAACAAGGCAGAGCCGGCAGCGGUCGACCAACACCAGCAGCAGCAGCACCCAGCUACGGUUGCACUUCCCAGACCGGUUGCGGAACUAUUUGCAAAGAAACCUUCAACCGAAUGAAGCAACAAACAACUGGACAAGUUUUGUUUUAUCGAAUUCAGGGCAUAACGACUUUGACUUGACUAAUUAACCAAACCUACUCUCGUCUGGAACUUGCUUCUCCUGUAAGCUUCAUUUUUUUCCUGUCGGAUUUUUGUUAAUUUAAAUUUUAAAAUCAUGUGAUUUGUGGUGUUUGCAUGGAACGAAUGUAUGGAGUAUGUUUAUGGACAGCGAAAAAAGUAAAUUAAAAAAUAAAUAAUAUUAUCUUUAAAAUAAAAUAUCA